CAGUGCAGAGAGCGCAGUUGGCUGCUGACACACGGUAGGAGGGAGAUGGCACUUAAGGAAGAUUCCUACGUUCUGCUGAACGAUGGCAACAAGAUGCCAGUCAUUGGCUUUGGCACAUACGCUCCGCAGGGGGUUCCCAAGAAUCUGGCUGAAGAAGGUGUAAAAGUGGCCCUGGAAUCUGGCUAUCGGCACAUAGACUGCGCCUUGAUAUAUGGCAAUGAGGUCGAGGUGGGUCGAGCCAUCAGAGAGAAGAUCGCAGAUGGAACGGUGAAAAGGGAGGAUGUUUUCUACACCUCAAAGCUUUGGUCUACCUUCCAUGCUCCAGAUCAGGUCCGUCCAGCUCUAGAAAAGUCACUGAAGGAUCUGCAGCUGGAUUACAUUGAUCUUUACAUUAUCCACAGCCCUAUAGAGCUCAAGACUGGAAAUGAUCUCUUCCCUACUGACGAAAAUGGAAAAUUAAUCUACAAUAACACAGACAUCCGGGAAACAUGGAAGGCUUUGGAGGCGUGUAAAGAUGCCGGACUCGUUAAAUCCAUCGGAGUUUCCAAUUUCAACAGACGGCAGAUAGAAUUGAUCCUCAACAUGCCGGGACUCAAGUACAAACCUGUCUGCAAUCAGGUGGAGUGCCACAUCUACCUGAACCAAGGCAAGUUGCUGAAAUACCUCAAGUCACAGGAGAUCGUACUGGUGGGAUACAGCGUGCUGGGCUCCAGCCGGGAUGAGAAAUGGAUAGACCCCAACUCUCCUGUUCUGCUGGAGGAUCCAGCGCUAAAGGAAAUAGCAGAAAGGCUGGGAAAGACAACUGCUCAGGUGGCCAUGCGGUACCUGCUACAGAGAGGGAUUGUGGUCCUGGCAAAGAGUUACACACCAGCCAGAAUCCGACAGAAUCUUCAGGUAUUUGACUUCCAACUGAGUGAAGAAGACAUCAUGGCCCUGGAUGGCUUAAACAGAGACAUGCGUUAUAUAAAAACUCCACAGUGGGAGGACCAUCCGAAGUACCCAUUUCACGAUGAAUAUUGAAGAAUGAUGUCAUCAGGCUUUACUGCUG